AUUAAAAGAUAACAAUGUUUUUACAUAUUUUUUUAAAUUUAUUAGAUGAUAUAAAAUCACCAGUAUCAUUAUUCAGGCCACAACUAUGCGUAACAAGCGCUUGAUACAUUUUUUAUUAAUACAGAACAAAGAAAAAGUGAUUGCUUUAAAAUGUUACCAAAAGUAACCCAUAUUUAUAGACAGUGCUUAGUGACUGCCGGCGUGUCUCUGAGCAUGAUGGAACAUUGUUUGGUUGGGGGAUUUUCUGCGAUAUUGUUGCCCCAACUAUGCCAAGAUAAAACGAUGGUCAUUAAUAGUAAUACAGAAACAUGGAUCGCCUCUAUCUAUGGAAUCUCAUUAAUCCCCGGAGCGUUAGUGACACCGUUUAUACUAAACCGAUAUGGACGAAGGAAAGCGAACCUCAUCAGCUGUGUCAUAAUGAUCAUAGGAUGGCUCUGUACCGUCAUUGCUAAUGAUGCCGAAUUCAUUCUAUUCGCAAGAUUCAUUCAAGGUGUUGCACUUGGUAUUUCAAGUCUGUCAGGACCAAUUCUGGUGGGAGAAUACACAACGCCAAGGUAUAGGGGCGGGUUUCUAACAAUGAUGACUCUAUCAUUGUCAUUAGGGUCUAUGACAGUGCACACACUCGGAUCUGUUUUGACUUGGCGCAAAACUGCAAUGUUCUGUUUGGGUUUAACAGUUUUUGAUGCAAUCAUAAUUAUGAUGUCACCCGAAACUCCCGUGUUCCUGGCCACACGUGAAAGAUACGAUGAAUGCAGAAAAGUAUUUCACUGGUUGCGAGGUCUGGAGGAAGAGGAGGAAUUGGAAGCUAUGAUCAAAGCUGACAUAUAUAGAAAGGAAUCUAAAACGAACAAGGAAAUUGGAUUGCUCAAAAAAAUUAAAACUAAAAGUCAAUAUAUGCUUUGCAUAUCGAAGAAAUCAGAAUUUUACAAGCCGCUGAUAGCAAUGUUGCAUUUAGACGUCAUAAACGUAUGGUCUGGGUCUAUGAUGAUGGAUAUCCAUGGCAUCUAUAUACUCCAUAAGCUCACAAGAGACGAUAUCAACGUAUACAACUGGUUGAUUGGCAUGGACGUUGUGAGAUUACUGGCGAAAGGAUGCGGCAUAUUCGUACAUUCAAAAUUCAAGAGACGACCUAUGGUUAUCAUGUUUGUGGGUUUAAACAUCUUAGUUUAUCUGUUAACAGCUGCUUUCUCUUACGCCAAAGACAGUAAUGUAUUUUAUUAUGCCCCAAUAGCAGUGGCGCUAGUUUAUUUCCUAAUUAUCACCGUUGGCAUGGGAAUACAACCUCUAGUCAAUAUUAUAGCUGGCGAAAUCUUCCCCUUGGAAUAUAAGGGCGUGAGUAGUAUGAUAAUAGUUUUGUUCCUGGCUGUUAAUAUUACUGUUAAAAUGAAAACUCUGCCGUAUUUGUUCUCCAGUAUUGGACUUUCGGGAACAUACUGUUUAUAUAGUAGUCUGAUAGUUUACGCAUUAGUUGUUGUUAUAACUAUUCUGCCGGAGACAAAGGAUGAAACUCUACAGCAUAUUGAAGAAACGUAUUGGAAGAAGCCUGAUUAUAGGGAAAAACUAUCAGAUGAAGUGACAUCGUGUUGAUUCCUGUUAUUCUUGAGACACAUACGUCUUAACGGCUAAGAUCUUCUCUGAAUUUGUGAGUUAAGGUGUUGACAUUCUAAUUUGUAACAUCUAGAGUGUUUAUAAUACUCCCUCGUGGCUACCUGUUAUCAAUAGAUUGUAUGACAGUAAAAACCAACUGCUGAUCUUUUCGAUAAACAUUUUUUUUUUAUUAAAAUUUCUCUUUUUUUAUUAAACAAUAACAUUUAUUUAUUCAUAUGAGGAUUUUCAUGCAUGUUUAUUUAAAUAAAGCAAGUAAUCGACUUUGUUUUUGUUAUAAGAUGAAUAACACUGUUUUGGAGUUGGCCGGAAAUGAGUGUAACAUAGUUUUUUAUUGACUCAAGUAGACACUUACGAACAAAAUUGCUAUUGGUUCCUAUCUUAAUCAUGUUAUUCAACUUAUAUCACGGUUAUUUCUUUUAAAACUAGCUACGUUCAUUAAAUAGUUGCAUUUUCUAGUAGGAAUGAGAUAUUUUACUGUAGUAAAAUGUAUUCGGUACGCUAGGGAGACUUUGUACAAAAGUCGUUUGCUUGGACACCUCUGUUUCAUUCGUGUUUCUACCGUGAAGCAGUUGUAUUUGCAUGGCUGUGUUUCGGUUUGAAGGGUGCGAUAUGGCGUGAAUUUACAGGGUACAGAGUACCUGAGUCCUCAGGAAUGGCAACGCAUGGGGGGUAUUAUGGGCGAAACAGUAUACUCUGUUAUGUCCAUGGUACUGGUCAUGUCUAUAGGUCAUUUCCAUCAGGUGGGCCGUCAGCUUGUGUGCCAUUCUAAGUUGUAUAAAAAAAGUAUAUUGGCCCAAUAACAAAUAUAUUAGAUAAAGGUUAUCCAAUAUAUAAUAUCGAAAAGAAGAACUCGCUCAUAUUUCAAUAUAUUGAUAUUUGACUGGUAUGGACGAUAACCAACCAACAUACCUGCCAAGCGUGGCAACUACCAGCAAACCCUUCUUAAUGGGGGAGGGGGGUUCUAUAGUCAGCAGGGAUCGUUAACGGUAUGAUGAUGGACGAUAUCACAAUGUGUGGUUUGGAGUUUGGAAUAAAUUCAUUCAUUCAAUUGCUAAUUGGAUGGCGAAGAAUGAUCUUCCAGGUCAAUUCAGGAAUGUUUAAUGACACGUCGAGUUUUAUCAUAAAAUUUAUUAUACUUAA